AUGCUCGAAGUUCAAGCUGGAUGGGAAGCGCCCGCGAUCAAAGCCAAUCUCCUUCUCAGGCCUGGGACUCUCUCUACUACCACUACCAUCACUACCACCACCACUACCACCACCACUACCACCACCACUACCACCACCACUACCACCACUACUACCACCACCACCACUACCACUACCACUACCAAUACAGCACUACCACUCAGUACUAUUACUAUUACUAUUACUACUACUAUUACUACUACUAUUACCACUACUAUUACUACUACUAUUACCACUAUUAAUUUAAUGAAUAUUAUUGAUUAUAUAUAA